AUGUUUGCCGUGGAGAAAAUUGGACGCAGACCUAUGCUAAGCAGCGGUCUACUGUUAAGCGGUUUAAGUUGCCUUACAGUCAGUCUUGUUCCUACAGAUGUGGCUUACAUCAAAACAAUUUUUUCGCUGAUUGCCAAGUUGUUCGCUGCUUGCGUAACCGCCACUCUGUUCUCGUACACUUCAGAACUUUUCCCAACGUCGUCCAGAAGCGCAAUGGUUGGAUUGUGUUCCACCAGCGGCCGAAUCGGAGGAAUUAUAGCUCCAAUCAUUUCGGAUUGGGGGAAAAAUAAUGGACAAACCAACAUACCAUUUUUCAUUUUUGCCACCAUCAACAUAUUAAUUGGUUUCUUGAGUCUUCUACUUCCGGAGACUAAAGACACAGCUUUCCCGGCUACAAUAAAUGAAGCAAUUGAAAUGGAAAAGAAUUCGAUUGUCCUUCAGUUCUGGAAGAAAACUGAACGUAGACAGCACACACAAAAGGAUAACGCUGAUGACGUAUACUGAAAAACGAAAAUGUUUCUAGAUUCAUUAUUAAUUUUAUUUAAUUAUUUCAGUUCCGUAUUCUCAUUAAUUUUUGCCCAUUUGAAAAAUACCCAUAUAACAAUUGGAAUUAUUGUAAAAUGCGAAA